AUGAAGCUCUGUGUGACUGUCCUGUCCCUUCUCAUGCUCAUUGCUGCCUUCUGUCCUCCGGCGCUUUCAGCACCAAUGGGCUCAGACCCUCCCACGGCCUGCUGCUUCUCUUACACCCUGCGGCAGAUUCCUCGCAACUUUGUGAUUGACUACUACGAGACCAGCAGCCUCUGCUCCCAGCCAGCCGUGGUAUUCCAGACCAAAAAGGGCAGGCAAGUCUGCACCAACCCCAGUGAGCCCUGGGUCCAGGAGUACAUGGAUGACCUCGAACUGAACUGA